GAAACCCCGUUUGCCCCUUUUCUCUUCCCGGCGUUACAGCGAGAAGAUGCCUGGAGUGACGGUGAAAGACGUCAACCAGCAGGAGUUCGUCAGAGCCCUGUCUGCCUUCCUCAAGAAGUCUGGUAAACUUAAAGUACCUGAAUGGGUGGAUACAGUUAAACUGGCAAAACACAAGGAAUUGGCACCAUAUGAUGAAAACUGGUUCUACACCCGCGCUGCCUCCACAGUUCGUCACUUGUACCUCCGUGGUGGUGCUGGUGUUGGCUCCAUGACGAAAAUCUAUGGUGGGCGCCAGCGUAAUGGUGUUAUGCCAAGCCACUUUAGCCGUGGGUCAAAGAGUGUGGCACGGAGGGUACUGCAAGCUCUGGAGAACCUGAAAAUGGUGGAGAAAGACCCCAAUGGUGGUCGCAGACUGACUCCCCAGGGACAGAGAGACUUGGACAGAAUCGCUGGACAGGUUGCAGCCGCUAACAAGAAACAACAUUAAGUGAAUUUUCAAACAAUAAAUAUCCUGCUCCCGAAA